UGGAAGCAGCCCCUCAGCCAUGGUGGUGGUGUGCUCACAUGAACCGGCCAUAUUAACCGGACUAUACAGAGAAGACGGUGACACAGGCUCGGCCGUGUUGCACACACCGGUGACGGGGAGCCCGGAUACAUGGAGCAGGCGCAGCGCGCACAGAUGCAGGGCCCUCCCCUCCGCCGCUCAAGUCGCUGUGGAUCCAUGGCGGGCGGCGGGGACUCCAGCUGUGUGGAGAUAGAGGCGGCUGUGGGAGCGGGGAUGUGCCGGUGGCCAUAUAUGGGUUAGUAGCGGCCCAGGGUGUUGUGUCCAUGCCCGCUGUGCCGGAGGGGGAGAACUGCUGCGCCCAGUCAGGAAGACAUUUGAGAAUGUGGAAAUAUAUGGAACUGCGUUCGGUUGAAAAAUUUUUUGGAUAAAAUGUCUGAUUUCUGGAAUCUGCAAGUCAAUGAAAAAUGCAAAUAGAACGGCAGUGUUAUAUUUGUAACUAUGGGCUGCAAUAGAACAGCUCUUGGCAGCUGCACUUAUUCCAGUAUGAAUGUGACGACAGCGAGCGAGGACUCCAAUUUUAAUGCAUUCCCCACUCCUCUCAGGAUAUUAUUGGCAAUAAUAAUGGUAAUAAUGAUUGCCAUAGCUUUUUUGGGCAAUGCCAUUGUUUGCCUUAUUGUCUAUCAAAAGCCAGCCAUGCGUUCUGCAAUCAACCUGCUUCUUGCAACGCUUGCAUUCUCUGACAUCAUGUUGUCGCUGUUCUGCAUGCCUUUUACUGCAGUUACAAUUAUCACUGGGAGUUGGCACUUUGGAUCUCAGUUUUGCCAGAUAUCAGCCAUGCUCUACUGGUUCUUCGUGUUAGAAGGGGUAGCCAUCCUACUUAUCAUCAGUGUUGAUCGUUUUUUGAUCAUUGUGCAGAGACAGGAUAAAUUAAACCCACACCGUGCCAAAAUAAUGAUAGUCACUUCUUGGAUCUUUUCUUUUUGCAUUUCAUUUCCAUCUGUUGUAGGUUGGGCCUUGGUUGAAGUUCCAACACGAGCACCACAAUGUGUUUUAGGAUAUACAGAAUUUUCAGCUGAUAGGGCAUACGCAGUUAUGCUAGUGGUAGCAGUGUUCUUUAUCCCUUUCAGCGUAAUGCUAUACUCUUAUCUAUGCAUCCUAAACACAGUAAGACGAAAUGCUGUAAGAAUUCAUAACCAUGCCGAGAGCUUAUGCCUCAGCCAAGUCAGCAAGUUAGGUUUGAUGGGGCUUCAGAGACCUCAUCAAUUGAAUGUGGACAUGAGUUUCAAGACCAGGGCCUUCACUACCAUACUGAUUCUGUUUAUUGGAUUCUCCCUUUGCUGGCUUCCACAUUCAGUGUUCAGUCUGCUGUCUGUCUUUAGUAGGACUUUCUACUACAGUUCCUCCUUUUAUAUUAUCAGUACCUGCAUUUUGUGGCUUAGUUACCUCAAAUCUGUAUUCAACCCUGUCAUAUACUGCUGGAGGAUAAAGAAGUUUCGGGAGGCCUGCAUGGAAUUUAUGCCCAAAACAUUUAAGAUCCUUCCUAAAUUUCCAGGAAGGACAAGGAGAAGAAUACGUCCUAGUACCAUCUAUGUUUGUAGUGAACAUCAGUCGGCUGUAUAGGAAAUCUCUUCAGGGAUUCUGAAUAAGCACAGAACACUUUUGCCUGAUAUAUUGCACAUUUUUUAUUUUAUUUUAUUUUUCUGCAAUACUUCAGCUUAAUAUAUUAUUGUGUCCCAUUGGUUAUAGACUUUUUUAAUGAUGAGCUGGCGUUUACAUGGAUGUUCUUAAGUGUCAAUUGUCAACUCAUUCGGUCAAACGUGUUAAUUAUCUUUCAUGGCAGAGGAAAAGGAAAAAUAAUGGGAUUGCACUGCAUUAUUGUAUAUAUUUCCAAGGGAAAGAUGAGAACUGAGCAAUAAAGAAAAUAUUGCCAAAUCAUUUGCAAUAAUUAAAUAAAAGUAGCAUUUUUAUAUACUGUAUGUAUGCUAUUGUUUUGC